CAAUAUAAUAUAUUCGAUUAAUUAGUAUAUAGAAAUGGCUCUCCAAUGGCUAACCCUGGUUGCAACAAUAUGGCUUCAAUCGAUAAACGGGACCAACUCAAACUUCCCGGCGUACUCGUCGGAGCUGAAGCGAACCCUCUCGAUUACACAGCUCCAGCUCAACAACCUCGCCUCCGCCUCCGACGCCGGAAAACUCCUCGGCUGGAUCUCCGGCGUCGCCGCCUCCCACUUCCCUCUCUGGCUCGUCCUCCUCAUCGGCUCCCUCCUCGGCCUCGUCGGCUACGGCGUCCAGUUCCUCUUCCUCACCGGCCAAAUCGCUCCGCUGUCGUACUGGCACGUGUUCCUCCUCACCGCCUUGGCCGGAAACAGUAUUUGCUGGAUAAACACCGUCUGCAACAUCGUCGCCAUUAGAAACUUCUCCCUCGACCGCCAGAUCGCCGUCGGCUUGUCCACCAGCUACUUGGGUCUCAGCGCCAUGGUUUACACCGCCGUAGUCGACGUUGUCGCCGGUGGCGGCGGCGGUGGUGGUGGUGAUAGUAUUAGUAGUAGUAGUGCCGAGAGAGCUAAGUUGUUUCUUUUCUUGAACGCCGUGGCGCCGCUGGCGGUUUGUGCGGCGGCGGCGCCGCUGGCGUGCAUGGACGUCGGAGUCGGAAAAACCAGGAAUCUGACGACGGGGUUCUUCGCCAUGUUCGUGAUUACGACCCUCACGGGUUUGUUCGCCGUGGUCACCAGUUUGGGCUCCACGGCGGCGUUUUCGGUGCUGUUUCUGCCCGGGCCGGCGGUUCUGGCGGGGGUGCUCGCGAUGCUGGCGUUGCCGUUGGUUGUGCCGGUGGCGGAGAUGAUCGGGGAGAGGUUGCAGCGCAAGUGCCGGAUUAGAGUAGCGCACGGUGAUAUCGAGGGUUUGGCGUUCGCUGCUCCGGGGACGGAGAAUGACGUGGCGGCGGCGAAGAAAGAGGAUGGUGAAGGGGAGAUUCCGGCGAAGGUGAUGGUGAGGAGAGUGGAUUUCUGGAUAUAUUUUUUGGUGUAUUUGUUCGGAGCGACGAUCGGACUGGUGUAUAUGAAUAACCUAGCGCAGAUUGCGGAGUCGAGGGGGUUCUCCGCCGGAGUUUCUUCACUAGUGUCGCUGUCUUCUGCGUUUAGUUUCUUCGGCCGUCUUCUGCCGUCUCUUCUCGAUUACUUUGCUCCACAAAGCAAACGCUCGAUCUCAAGAGCGGCGGCGAUGGGGGGCAUGAUGGCCCCGAUGUGCGGGGCUUUCUUGUUGCUAAUCAUAAAUGGGUACGGCCAGGUUUCGCUCUACAUAAGCACAGCAAUCAUAGGAAUAUCGACCGGUGCAAUUUCAUCGAUUUCUGUCGCAGCAACUACCGAGUUAUUCGGAACGAAUAAUUUCGGAGUCAAUCACAAUAUCUUGAUAUCGAAUAUACCGAUUGGAUCCUUCUUGUUCGGAGAUUUUGCUGCAUUGCUGUACAGAGCAAGAGGAAAAGGUAAUGGUGAGGAGAAUUGCAUGGGAGAGAAAUGCUAUCAAACAACUUUUAUUAUAUGGGGUUGUUUGUGUGUUUUUGGGACUUUUUUAGCUUUUAUACUUCAUAAACGGACAAGGAAAACGUGUAACACGUUUAAUAGAUUGUAGAGUGUGCAAUUAGUACUUAAUUAUUUCAUUGAGUAUUGUAUUGUACUAAUUUAUAAAAUAUUUCAGAUAGAGAGAGGUCGAUA